AAAUCCACUUGCGUUCAAAUUUUUACAUCCAACGAUAGAAACCCUGGUCCCUUUCCAUAUAUCUCCAGCCAGGAAAGCUACCAAUAUUUCCUUCUGCAGUGGAAAAUUAACUGCUGAAGUUUAACGAUGGCAACUUUAACUCCUAUUCAGGCUUCUCUUUCCAGAUUCUCACCACAAAAAUGGCCAGUUUCAGGCCCAGGCUUUUCAGCUGCGAUGCCUGCUGGUUCCAAGUUUCUGUCAUGGAAUAUCAGCCAGAAGAAGAACAAGAAUAAAAGGUCAUUGACUGUGGUUGCAGCGGUGGGAGAUGUAUCAGCUGAUGGCACCACUUACCUAAUUGCCGGUGCUGCUGCUGUAGCUCUACUCGGAACUGCUUUUCCCAUACUCUUCUCUCGCAAGGACCUGUGUCCUGAGUGCGAUGGAGCAGGUUUCAUUCGGAAGUCAGGAGCAGCCUUGAGAGCUAAUGCAGCACGGAAGGACCAGGCCCAGAUUGUCUGCCCUCGUUGCAAUGGCCUUGGCAAGCUCAACCAAAUUGAUAAAUAAACAUCGUCUUGUAAACUCAACGUUCUAUAUUUUCCCUACUUUCAUUUUUAAUCCCAUGCGAAGGGUGAUGUUUAUAUAUAGCCGAGAAACACUGCGACUAUUGGUGCCAUUUUGUCUGGUUUUCUUUCCCUUAAUGAAUAACAUCUUGGUUA